AUGCGUAGUGGUUUAAUUAUUAUAAUAACAUUUAUGUGCUGUGCAAACUGUAUCGCCUGUCAAAAGAAUUUAUAUUUAGAUAAGUUUUUUAAUUACUCUUACAAUUCCAAUUUGCAAUUUAGUGAUUUUGCCACAAAAUAUGGCCAUCCGGCCACAGAAUACGAGGUUAUCACAGAAGACGGAUACAUUCUCUCUCUGUUCAGACUCCCCGGUGAUAGUCGAAUUCCAAUACUACUGAGUCACGGUAUCCAAGGAACAGGAGACGGCUGGAUUUUGAGAGGUAAAGAGUCUCUUAGCAUCACCUUGGCUAAUAAAGGCUACGACGUCUGGAUUGGUAACUAUAGAGGCAAUCGAUAUUCCAGACGGCACCAAUACCUCAACCCAGACCUCGACGACAGUUUCUGGAAUUUUAGUUUCCAUGAACUCGGUUAUUUUGAUCUUCCUGCUUUUAUUGACACCGUUUUGAAUGUAACGAAAGCUACAAGGCUAGCAGCCGUCGGUCACUCUCAAGGAAAUACUGUAUUUUACGUUCUGGGCUCUACCAGACCAGAAUACAAUUCCAAAGUUAGUAUUAUGAUAGCCCUAGCACCUAUAUGUUUUCUACAAAACACUAAGUAUCCAGUUUCAAUAGCCAUACAGAAUGCACCGCUGCUGAAUGCAUUAGCAAAUAGAAUUGGCCUCACAGAAGUGCUAGGUGAUAAAACCACUUUAAGACGAAUCUUGUUUAAGAUUUGUUCCCUACCGGUACUUGGUUACGCUAUUUGUGCAUUUGGCUUAUAUUUUCCUUUAUUUGGUUACGAUCCAGCGGAGUUGGAACCAGAUUUUUUUAAAGACAUAGCCUCUUAUUUCCCAUCUGGAAGCUCUUGGAAAAGUGUUGGACAUUAUCUACAAGUUGGUUACAGGAAAGAAUUUGCGCUUUACGACUACGGCUCCCAGAUUAAUUUGAAAGUCUAUAACAACUCAGCACCUCCCGCUUAUGACCUGAGCAGAGUAACGAUGCCAGUUGCCUUACUCGCUGGAAGAAACGAUCACCUGUCUACAAUCGAAGACAUUGACAUACUCAGAAAACGUUUGAGUAAUAUUGUAUCAUAUUUUGUAGUCCCUAGACUAUUACUUAAUCACGUAGACCACGUGUGGGGGCGACACAUGUAUGUAUACUUGUAUCCAGAAUUAUUUAAACUUUUGAGUCAGUAUAGGUAA